AUGGCUUUCUAUCCUUGUGCUGUCGCCAACUGCAUAUUCGACGCUCUCGCAUAUGAAAAUAGCUGUUACGCUUGUCGACAACGAUUCUGCUUUCAACACUACCGGCAUCCUCUACACGAAUGUUCACUAGGAAAGGGCAAGGGCAUGAUUGGUCUAUGUCAUACUCUUGAGGAAGAAUAUGAACCCGAGGUAACUCAACUUCUUAGCUGUCUUGAUAUUGACUCGAUAAGAACUGAAGUCGAGCUACUUCGAACUGGUCAGCAACUAGCCACUGUCCAUUUUCCAGUCGAUUGGGAGGACUCGGCAUGUAGCUACAUGCAAGGACAGUCCAACUUUCACAUCAAGAUCGAUUUUCAAGAUGGUGCACUGCAUCUGGCGGGAGUAGCUGUACCCAAUGCUUAUGCAAGGCCUUUGAAUAGUAAAUUUCAUCCUAGACUUAUAUACUGCUAUCAAUCGAUGAUACCUGGGGAAGCCUGGGCUUCCUUUUCCCAUCGGAAUGAAAGAUUUCAACCACUAUCAGACCCUUCCAUCAAUCACGUCAAAAGCCUCGCCAAAUGGUUCAUGAACAUGGAAAAAGCCAAGUUCGAUAAAGUAGGAAGUAUAACCUGCCAGAAGGACGCUACAGGGUUUGAAGUUGAUCCAGUUAUCGAUCGAUACCCAUAUCAUUCCGUACAGCCUUACUUCCUGGAUGAUCCUGGAAAGGAGAUAUUGUAG